AUGACCACCUAUCGGCCCAUCCCCAGUGAUGGUGUGGACCUGGCAGCCGGCUGUGGGGCCAGGGCGGCCGAUGUCCUGCCGGGGCCGCACACCGGGGACUACGCUCCCUUGGGGUUCUGGGUGCAAAACGGCAGCGUGCCCCAGCCUGUGGGCGAGAGCACGGUCAGCGCCGCCACCCGCCCCAGCCCCACCACCCCCGCCAUGCCCAAGAUGGGCGUGCGCGCCCGGGUGGCCGACUGGCCGCCCAAGCGGGAGGCCCUGAGAGAACAGAACAACCCCAGCCCCUGCCUGGACGCAGAUGGCACGAAGGCCACGAAGGCGGCCCAUGCCAUGAGGAGCGUACAACAGAACGGACAGCCCCCCGCCGGUACCCCUACCCCGGCUUCCUCAGGGUCCAAAGCCUUGCACCGACUCGCCAGGAGGCGGUCUAAGGAUGUGGAGUUCCAGGAUGGGUGGCCGCGGUCCCCCGGCCGGGCCUUCCUCCCGCUGCGGAACCGCAGCAGCAGCGAGAUCACCCUCAGCGAGUGCGACGUGGAGGACACGGCGGAGCCCCGGGCGGCCCGCCACACGGGGGCGCUGCCGCUCUUCCGCGAGUACGGAAGCACGUCCUCCAUCGACGUGCAGGGCGUGCCCGAGCAGAGCUUCUUCGACAUCCUCAACGAGUUCCGCAGCGAGCAGCCCGAGGCCCGGGGCACGCCGAGCCUCACCGAGCUCCUGCGGGCCGAUCCCGGUCCCCACGUCUCGGGGGGCGGCGGCGGCGCAGCCAAGGGGGAGGCCCGGAACGGGCAGCCCGCCAAGGACAGCCUGCUGCCGCUGCAGCCCCUGAAGGAGAAGGAGAAGUCCCGUAAGAAGCCCGCUCGAGGCCUGGGCGGCGGGGACCAGGUGGACUCGUCCAUUUUCCGGAAGCUGCGGAGCAGCAGAGCCGACGGCGAAGCGGCCCGGUGCUCCGGGGAGGCCGAGGACGGCCGGAGCCCCCCGGAGGCCAGCCGGCCGUGGGUCUGCCAGAAGAGCUUCGCCCACUUCGACGUGCAGAGCAUGCUGUUCGACCUCAACGAGGCGGCAGCCAACCGGGCGUCCACGGCCCAGCGGCGGAACACGACCACCGGGGCCUCGGCCGCCUCGGCCAUGGCGUCCCUGACGGCGUCGCGGGCCCACAGCCUCGGCGGCCUGGACCCCGCCUUCACCAGCACGGAGGACCUGAACUGCAAGGAGAACCUGGAGCAAGACCUGGGCGACGACACCAGCAACGACCUGCUGCUCAGCUGCCCGCACUUCCGCAAUGAGAUCGGCGGCGAGUGCGAGCGCAACGUGAGCUUCUCGCGGGCGGCCGCCGGCUCCCCAGGCGGAGGCGGGGGCGGCGGCGAGGUCCGCCCGCCGGAGCCCACCCUGAGCGCCUACCGCACCAACGCCAGCAUUUCAGUGCUGGAGGUGCCCAAGGAGCAGCAGAGGACGCAGAGUCGCCCUCGGCAGUACAGCAUCGAGCACGCGGACCUGGGCGCCCGCUAUUACCAGGACUACUUCGUGGGCAAAGAGCACGCCAAUUACUUUGGGGUGGACGAGAAGCUGGGGCCAGUGGCCGUGAGCAUCAAGCGAGAGAAGCUGGAGGACCACAAGGACCACGGGCCUCAGUACCAGUACAGGAUCAUCUUCCGGACCCGAGAGCUCACCACCUUGAGGGGCUCCAUCCUGGAGGACGCCACACCCACCGCCAUGAAGCAUGGCACCGGGCGGGGCCUGCCCCUGCGGGACGCCCUGGAGUAUGUCAUCCCUGAACUCAACAUCCACUGCCUGCGCCUGGCUCUCAACACUCCCAAGGUGACGGAGCAGCUGCUGAAGCUCGACGAGCAAGGGCUCUGCCGGAAGCACAAAGUGGGCAUCCUCUACUGCAAGGCCGGCCAGAGCUCGGAGGAGGAGAUGUACAACAACGAGGAAGCUGGCCCGGCCUUUGAAGAGUUCCUCUCGCUCAUCGGGGAGAAGGUCUGCCUGAAGGGCUUCACCAAGUACGCCGCCCAGCUGGACGUCAAGACCGACUCCACAGGAACCCACUCCCUCUACACGACGUACCAGGACUACGAGAUCAUGUUCCACGUCUCCACCCUGCUCCCGUACACCCCCAACAACAGGCAGCAGCUGCUGAGGAAGAGGCACAUAGGCAACGACAUCGUGACCAUCAUCUUCCAGGAGCCCGGGGCGCUGCCGUUCACCCCCAAGAACAUCCGCUCCCACUUUCAGCACGUCUUCAUCAUUGUCCGGGCCCACAACCCCUGCACUGAUAACGUCUGCUACAGUAUGGCAGUGACCCGAUCCAAAGACGCUCCUCCUUUCGGCCCCCCGAUCCCCAGCGGAACCACAUUCCGAAAAUCUGACGUCUUCAGAGACUUCUUGCUGGCCAAGGUGAUUAAUGCCGAGAACGCUGCGCACAAGUCUGACAAGUUCCACACCAUGGCCACCAGGACCCGCCAGGAGUACCUCAAGGACCUGGCGGAAAACUGUGUCUCCAACACACCCAUUGACUCCACCGGCAAGUUCAACCUCAUCUCCCUGACCUCGAAGAAGAAGGAGAAGACAAAAGCCCGGGCAGGCGCCGAGCAGCACAGUGCCGGGGCCAUCGCCUGGAGGGUGGCGGCUGAGGACUAUGCGCAGGGUGUAGAGAUAGACUGCAUUUUGGGAAUUUCCAACGAGUUUGUGGUGCUCUUAGACCUACGCACUAAGGAAGUGGUGUUCAACUGCUACUGCGGGGAUGUCAUCGGCUGGACCCCAGACUCCUCGACAAUCAAAAUCUUCUACGGGCGAGGGGACCACAUCUUCCUCAAGGCCUCUGAGGGUUCUGUGGAGGACAUAAGAGAAAUUGUCCAGAGACUGAAGGUGAUGACCAAUGGCUGGGAGACUGUGGACAUGACCCUGCGGCGGAACGGGCUGGGGCAGCUGGGCUUCCACGUGAAGUACGACGGGACCGUGGCCGAGGUGGAGGAUUAUGGGUUUGCCUGGCAGGCCGGCCUGCGGCAAGGCAGCCGGCUGGUGGAGAUCUGCAAGGUGGCCGUGGUCACACUGACCCACGACCAGAUGAUCGACCUGCUACGCACCUCCGUCACCGUCAAGGUGGUCAUCAUCCCGCCUUUCGACGACGGCACACCCCGGAGGGGGUGGCCGGAAACAUAUGAUAUGAAUACCUCGGAGCCCAAGACCGAGCCGGAGGGCCUGGCCCCGGGGGGCAGGCCCCCCUACCGCAGCAAUGCUCCCUGGCAGUGGAGUGGGCCCGCGUCCCACAACUCUCUCCCCGCCUCCAAGUGGGCCGCCCCCGCCACCCCCGGACACGCCCAGUCCCUGAGCCGGCCCCCGAAGCAGACCCCCAUGGUCCCCUUCCGGGAGUCCCAGCCCCUGCACAGCAAGAGGCCUGUCAGCUUCCCUGAAACCCCUUACACAGCGUCACCAGCAGGGGUCGACAAAGUCCCUCCCUACCGACAGCCUUCUGGGAGCUUCUCCACCCCGGGCUCAGCCACCUACGCGAGAUACAAGCCAUCCCCAGAAAGGUACACAGCUGCCCCACACCAGCUGCUGUCUUUCGAGCCGCACUUCAGCCACGACGGGACAUCCAGCGGCGACUCCUCGUCAGGCGGCCUGACCAGCCAGGAGAGCACCAUGGAGCGUCAGAAGCCAGAGCCUUUGUGGCAUGUGCCCGCCCAGGCCCGGCUCUCAGCCAUGGCUGGAAGCAACGGGAGCAAGCACGCCUCCAGGCAGGACGCAGCAGGCAAAGAUUCCCCCAACAGGCAUUCCAAGGGGGAGCCCCAGUACUCCAGUCAUUCCAGCAGCAAUACCCUCUCCAGCAACGCUUCCAGCAGCCACAGCGAUGACCGUUGGUUUGACCCCCUGGACCCCCUGGAACCAGAGCAAGACCCUCUCUCCAAGGGUGGCUCUAGCGACAGUGGCAUCGACACUACCCUCUACACCUCCAGCCCCAGCUGCAUGUCCCUGGCCAAAACACCUCGACCGGCCAAGCUGCACAAGCCCCCGGGAAGCAUGGGCCUCUGCGGGGGUGGGCGCGAGGCCACCGGGCGGUCUCACCAUGCAGACCGGCGGCGGGAGGUCUCGCCCGCCCCAGGCAUCACUGGACAGAACAAGGGCUACCGACCGAAGCUGUACUCCUCAGGCUCCAGCACCCCGACCGGCCUGGCCGGGGGCAGCCGCGACCCAUCCAGGCAGUCCAGCGACAUGAGCUCACGGGCCGGCUACCCCGCUCAGGUUCACAAGACAGCCAGCACCGAGAGCCCACGGCCCUCACAGCUGGCUCAGCCCAGCGCCUUCCAGCUCUCCACCUCUGUCCCCAAGUCCUUCUUCUCCAAGCAGCCCGUGCGCAACAAGCACCCCACGGGGUGGAAGAGGACAGACGAGCCCCCGCCACGGCCACUCCCCUUCACUGACCCAAAGAAGCAGGUGGACAGCAGCACAAAAAACGUCUUCGGGCAGCCCCGGUUGAGGGCCUCGCUCCGAGACCUCCGCUCCCCACGGAAGAACUACAAGUCCACCAUCGAAGAUGACCUGAAGAAGCUCAUCAUCAUGGACAACCUGGCGCCUGAGCAGGAGAGAGAAACCGGCCAGUCGCCACAGAAGAGCCUGCAGCGGACGCUGUCAGAUGAGAGUCUGUGCAGUGGGCGUCGGGAGCCCAGCUUCGCCAACCCUGCCGGCCUGGAGCCGGGCCUGCCCAGCGACGUGCUCUUCACCAGCACCUGCGCCUUCCCCUCCAGCACGCUGCCCACCCGCCGCCAACACCAGCACCCCCACCCGCCUGGCGGCCCUGGCCCCAUCCCCACCACCGCCGGCAACAGCUUCCCCGAGAAGAAAUCCACCAUCUCAGCCUCCGAGCUCUCACUGGCCGACGGGCGGGACCGGCCCCUGCGGCGUCUGGACCCAGGAAUGAUGCCACUCCCCGACACGGCUGCUGGCCUCGAGUGGUCCAGCCUGGUGAACGCAGCCAAGGCCUAUGAAGUGCAAAGAGCCGUGUCGCUCUUCUCUCUCAACGACCCAGCUCUGAGCCCGGACGUCCCGCCUGCACACAGCCCUGUCCACAGUCACCUGAGCCUGGAAAGGGGGCCCCCGACCCCCAGGACCACCCCAACCAUGAGCGAGGAGCCGCCCCUGGAUCUGACAGGCAAGGUGUACCAGCUGGAGGUGAUGCUGAAACAGCUGCACACGGACCUCCAGAAGGAGAAGCAGGACAAGGCGGUGCUGCAGUCAGAGGUGGCCAGCCUGAGGCAGAACAACCAGCGGCUGCAGGAGGAGUCGCAGGCCGCCAGCGAGCAGCUGCGAAAGUUUGCGGAGAUCUUCUGCAGGGAAAAGAAGGAACUCUGA